AUGCGCCCCGCGCCCGGCGCCCCCCGCGCGGCCCCGCCCCCCGCCCGGCUGCAGCCCCGGUUCCCGCGCGGCCGGAGCGGCUCGGGCAGCAGCAGCAGCGGCGGCAGCGGCGGCGACACCGGCAGCGACAGCGGCAGCAGCAGCAGCGCGGGCGCCGAGCGGGAGGACGACGACGAGAGCGCCAGCAUCAGCAGGCCGCUGGUGCCCGCCGGGCCCCCGGGGAGCGCCGCCGCCUCCUGCGCCUCCACGCCCACCUCCCCGCGUAGCAUGACCGCCGCCGACCUGGGCGCGGGCGCCGUGGCCGGAGCCGUCGGGGGCGCGGGCGGCGCCAGCCCCGGCCCCUCCUGCCGUUCGUGUUGCUGCUGCUGCGGUCGCCGGGCUCGGCCGGGCCGCGGGGGUGGGCGCCGCGGCUGCGCCCCCGGCCCGGGCUGCCGCUGGGGCUACCAGGCGCUGUCCGUGGCGCUGCUGCUGGCGCAGGGCGGCCUGCUGGACGUGUACCUUAUCGCUGUCACCGACCUGUACUGGUGCUCCUGGGUGGCCACCGACCUGGUGGUCGCGGCGGGCUGGGCCAUCUUCUUCGCCAAGAACAGCCGGGGCCGUCGGGGCGCCGCGCACACCCACCACCCGCACCACCCGCACGCCGCGCCCCUGCACCUGCCCGUCGCCCCCGCCGCCGCUGCCGGGGCUGCGGGAGCCAAGGCGCGCGGCGGCCGCGGGGGCGCGGGCGGCCCGGGGUCGGCGGGGGCGGCCGGCGCGGCCGGCGAGUUCGCCUUCGCCUACCUGGCCUGGCUCAUCUACUCCAUCGCCUUCACGCCCAAGGUGGUGCUCAUCCUGGGCACGUCCAUCCUGGACCUCAUCGAGCUGCGCGCGCCCUUCGGCACCACGGGCUUCCGCCUCACCCUGGCGCUGUCGGCGCCGCUGCUCUACUGCCUGGUGCGGGCCAUCGGCGAGGCGGGCGCCACCCCCGGCUCCGCGGGCCCCCUGCUCCUGCAGCCCCAGCGGCACCGCGCCGCCGGCUGCUUCCUGGGCACGUGCCUGGACCUGCUGGACAGCUCCGCCCUGGUGGAGCUGAUGCUGGACGGCCGCGCGCCGCUGCCCGCGCACCUGCGCUACCUGCUCCUCGCCGCCUACUUCCUCGCGCUCGCCUCGCCGGUGCUCUGGCUCCACGAGCUCCACGCCGCUGCCGCCUCGCCCCGGGGCCGGGCCUCGCGGCCGGGAGGUUGCAGCCGCCUGCUGCGCCUGCUGGGCGGCUGCCUCGUGGACGUACCCUUGCUGGCGCUGCGCUGCCUGCUGGCCGUGAGCUACCGGCAACCGCUCUCCGUCUUCAUGCUCAAGAACCUCUUCUUCCUCGGCUGCCGCGGCCUGGAGGCCCUGGAGGGCUGCUGGGACAGGGAGUCCCCGGCGUCCCCGAGUUGGGCCCGGGCGGGCUACGGCGCUCCGCCCUCCGCCCCGUCGGCGCCGGGAGUCCCCCAGCUGGGCCACUGCAUCUCGGAGGACGAGGGGUGUGCCCACGGCUAUGUCAACACCCUGGCUGUGGCUUCCCAAAACUGA